AUGGCCAACUUUCUCGACCUCUUGGGGAAAGCUGACAACUCCCAAGAGGAAAGGCCUUUGAUGAAUAACAAGAGUGCGAUGCUUGGCAUUGUGAUAUCUUUUCUAGUCUUCACCUGGCUUUGCGCGAUAUUGAGGUUGUGGUGUCGGUUCUUCAUCGUGAAGGCCGCGGGUUGGGAUGAUUUCUUCGUUGUGAUACUUAUGAUAUCUCUCUCAAUCGGUAGCAUUGGCACAUGCGUUUUAACUGACUACGGGCUCGGAGAGCAUCUUUUGCAAUUCCCCGAGUUACAUUUUGAUUUGCCAAAGUAUUUCCAGAUAUUCUACCUUUGCAACGGAACACUACCGAUGUCAACCUGCUUUAUCAAAAUUGCUAUUCUUCUUCAGUAUCUGCGAGCUUUCGAAAAGGGGUCCAAAUCUCGAACCCUUACUAUCAUCGUUCUCGUACUUACCUCACUGUGGGGGGUUGCGUACAUUUUCCUGGGCUGGGUUCCUUGCCUACCCGUCCGCGCAUACUGGGAUUGGACUCUGCCAGUUGUAGGCCGAUGGGGGUUUGGUGCACAAGUAGCAGAAGAGCUGAUCCGGACCUAUGAGAGCCACGCCAUGAGCAACAUGAUCCUCGACUGCGUCAUCUUUGCCCUUCCACUGCCAUUGUACUUCAACGGCGAAACUCACAAGAACUCCCGCAAAAGCGUGCUGGGCCUUUUCUUGUUGGGAAGCGUCGUACUGAUGCUCUCUGCCUGGCGCCUUGCAUCUCUCAUCCACUCUCGCGCCGGAACGUAUCCAACCCUCGACCCGACAUGGUACGGCCCAACUCCCAUGGUCCUUGCCAUCCUCGAGAUCGACGUGGCAGCGAUAUGCGCUUGUCUUCCAGUCUUUUGGCCCAUCCUCAAGUUCAGCAUGGGCAACAUCUUUGUCACGCACGAGGUUAAAGUAGAAGUAACCACGGAAUCAGCCGGGUUCGGCCGCGACUCUGAGGACCUCGAACUCGGGCGGGGCGGAGGUACUGCAUGCUCAUACUAUCGACAACAGUCCUACUCGAUGCCAUCGCCAACAAAGGACACGGAUGCUUUAGUUCAACCAGAGAUCUUUGGCGCAUAUAUGCACGGGAAGACAACGUGUUCGGUUGCAAAACACGGCUGA